AUGGAUGCAAAUAACAAAGCAUCCGACACUGCAUCAUUUGGAACAACGGCAUCCGGAACAGCUUCGAAUCAUGUGUCCGGCGCAGCUUCGGUCCCAGCAUCUGAAAUAAAUGAUUCGUCUUGCAGCUCAACCCCGGUUGUGCGUCCAGACUGGAUAUUAGAUGCCGAGUCUAAAACAUCAUCCGAAUCAGCGUUUUGCUCGUCAUCUGAAACAGCAUCCUUCAACAGAACUCAUAUUUGCUUCAACUUUCGGAUCAGUCGCUACGCAAGUUCCGCCUGGGGUUCCGGAACAUCUGGUGCUGGUGUCAAACGGAAAAAUAAUAGAAAAACGCUGGUGACGAAGCUGCAGAUAAUCGAAGAAGCGGAAAAAGGAGAACAAUCGUUCGAAAUGAUUGCGAAGAAAUUCGGUGUGGCAACUUCAUCAGCUUCCAGGUACGUAAAGAACAAAACCUCUAUAGAGGGAACUGUAGAAAGGAAUCGAGAGCAUGGAGUGGAAGACCGCAAAACAUUAAAAGAACAAUGUUUUCCUUUGCUAGAGGAAGCUUUGUAUGUCUGGGUUCUUCAAGAACGUAAACGGGAUACGCUUGUGCCUCCAGACAUAUUGAAAGCGAAAGCAGAGUUGUUCUUUCAGGCCUUCCAAAAAUAUGGAACUUACACUAAUCGUAAAUUUUUGGCCUCCGAUGGAUGGCUUCGUCGCUUCAGAAAGCGAUAUGGCUUGCGAGUGGGGGAUGAAUGCCGCGCCUUUGGUAGAAAAUUAAAUAAAACCAGAUUUACUUUCAUGUCUUGUUGCAACAUUGAUGGCACAAUGAAAUUGAAGCUGAUGUUUAUUGCUAACCCAAGAGAGUUAUCCCAAUAUUUCAUGAAGUAGCUGCCAGUGUCCUACUACCACUCAAAGAAAGCCUGGCAGACACGUAAACUAUUUCGAUCUUUCUUUCACGAAGAAUUCGUCCCAAAAGUUCGUAAAUUUUUCGCAGAACAUAACCUUGAACUUAAGGCGUUAUUGGUAUUGGACAAUUGUUCACCUCACUUAGAUGGAUGCGAAGAUUUACGAAGCGAUGACGGACUAAUACAGGUGAUCUAUUUGCCACCCAAUGUUACAUCGGAAUGCCAACCCAUGGACCAGUCCAAAAUAAAUGCAAUUAAAGUAAGGUACAAGAGAAAACUUAUGAUGUACUUGAUUCUGGAAAAUGAGGAUUUGCCAUUUGAGCAUAGAUUGAAAAAGGUAUCAUUGCGGAAAAGCAUCGACUGGCUGGCAGAAGCAUGGAGUGAAACAACACCUUCUGACAUCGAACACUCGUGGAAAAAACUUAUCGACGAAUUUCUAGAUGCACAAUGGCAAGACGAUUCUCUCGACCUGUACGAUGAAAAUUACUUGGAGGACAUCAAAAGUCUGAUAACAUCAAUUGAUAAAUUGGCGGAAACUGGAACUGACGACGAUCAACUCCAGUGUUGGCUGACGGAUAAGGUACGAGAUUCUGAUGGAAAUCCUAUUGAGGUAUACUAUUGA